AUGCCUGGUUCAUUGAAAGGAUCCGCUCUCAUCACCGGUACAGCUAUUUUAGGCAUUUGUCGGGGCGCCGCUAUCGCUUUUGCGCAAGCAGGUUGUCAGAGAUUUCUUCUCGGCGAUGUAAACGAAGCAGGUCUACAUAGUACUCGGGAAGUUAUUAUAAAACAGGCCCCGAGUGCAGAUUUAGAUAUAGCUUAUCUUGAUGUUACAGACGAAGUGUCUGUGGAUGACUUCGGGGCCAGAUGUGUAGCUCGAUUUGGCCGGCUCGACUACGUAUGCAACAUUGCCGGCAUAUGUCCACCUCGAACGCCGGUAACAGACGUGGAUGUUGCAACCUAUGACAAAGUAGUUGCCGUCAAUUUAUAUGGUACAUUUUUAUGCCAUCCCGCCGAGAUCCGCCAGAUGCUCAAGCAGCCACUGUCGGAGGACAAGUGUCGGGGAUGUAUCGUAUCUACGUCUUCCAUGGCUGGCCUUAAUGCUUCUCCCGGUGCCUCUCCAUAUGCUAGUACAAAAUUUGGGAUCAUUGGGCUUGUGAAGACUGACUCUAUGGAUUAUGGGGCACACGGUAUUCGUGUGAAUGCUUUCUGUCCUGGUUAUACAGACACGCCAGCACUAGAAGCUAUCUCAACGGCUGAUCAACGAGCGGCUCUAGGCGCUAGCAUUCCGCUCCAGCGUGUAGGCCAGCCAGUGGAUGUUGGUCGUGUUUUCGCGUUCCUCUGCUCAGAAGAGGCAAGCUAUAUGCAUGGUACAGCAUACCUAGUCGUUGGAGGAGCUAUGGCGUAUCGCAAAUAA